AUGCGCCCCCUUUUUAAGAAACCGUCAUGGGCAGCGAAAGAAACCGAAGGAAAUGGCAUGGAAUUCUACCGUCGCUCAGAGCAAACCUAUUCUGAUAUUGUUGCUGCGACACGAGAAGCCCACCGAAAGCCGAAAACACCGGAACUCACACCUGUUGAUGAUGAGUUUGCUGACAAUACCGGACGAAGCAAGCGGCGCCGGCUCUCUCAAGAAACGAGAGAAGAGAGCAUGGAUGCUGGUCCGACUAUAGCCAUGUCCCCCGGAACUGAUGGCGAGAAAAGCGUGCCAACGGAAGCGCAACAGCUUAAAUAUUCUCCGUCGAACCACAACAACUAUGGAGUAGGACUGGGAAAGGAACUAUCCAAUGAAGGAAAUGCGCAUUUUCGCCCAGACGGAGAGUGCGAAACCGUCUCAUCGCCACCAGUAAAUGGCCGCGAUAUCACCCCAACUUCAGAAACCCGCUCGUGUGAGUCCUCCAAGAAAGUCAAUUAUCCGGGAGAAAAAGCUACCCAGUCUGUCCAACCACCGAACCCGCCGGAUGAUCCGGUCGUCCAGGUCUUGAUCUCAUCCGAAAUCACCAACACGAAGCCAUUACUGGUCCACCGAAAAAUGUCUCAGGGGUUGAGAGAAGUGCGUCUGGCAUGGUGCAAUCGCCAAAACUUCGAUCCGGAAAUUCAAUCAUCGAUCUAUCUGACCUGGAAGGGCCGCCGCGUAUUCGACGUGACGACCUGUAGGAGCCUUGGAGUACACGCUGGAAGAAACCAUUUGUCCUCAAGCAUGGACGAAGACCUUAUUCCGGGCUACCCAGAGCUGCGCAUACAUAUGGAGGCGGUUGCCGAUCGGCCUCUACCAGUCAGCCGCCCAAGCCCUUCGCCCGACCACGGCAAGAUCCCUUCUGCGUCACAAACACCAGAAAAUGACAAGGAUGUACCGAUGAAACUUGUUUUGAGAAGCCCCGGACUGGAUGAUUUCAAAAUCAAAGCAAGGGCAAAAACCCCAAUUUCGCGACUCAUCUCUGCUUUUCGAAACAAACAGAAUAUCUCCAUGGACCAAACGAUCUCCCUCCAAUUUGAUGGAGACAAAUUGAAACCCGAUGAUUGCCUUGGCGAUUAUGACAUUGAUGAUCUAGAUUUGGUGGAUGUCCAGAUCACAAAAUGCGCCUAA